AUGAAUAUUCCACCAUAAAGAAGCAAACUACAUUCCUAUGUGAUUAUGGAUGACAAAUUUGAAGCCUAGUAGCAACUCAACAGGCUUUAAGAAAACUAAUACCAAUCAUAUUAAGAUAGAGUUAAUAUGUUUUAGCAGAAUAAUAAAAUACUAGAAUAGGUCAGAAGUCAUUUCAAACAUCCUGAAUAAUAUGAAGGAGAUCAUUUGGGUGGUGAUCUCGCUUGGUAGAAUGAAUACUACAAGCUUUACAAUGAUAGACUUUAAAAAUAAUUCGAAGACUUGUUAACUGGAAAGGGUUUUUCAGUCUACCAAAAAGAUCUUAUCAUCAAGCCAGUUUCUGGUAACCAAUUCGAAGAACUAUUGAUUUCCUCCGAUAGACUUUCUCCCCUCCUUAAGGCAUUAGAAGACGAAAACAAGAUCUUGAAAGAAGAGGUCAGUCACUUGUCUGGAGACUUGAAGAGAUUUAUUGGAAUGGUUGAAUUGCUUUUAGAAGAAAAUAAAUACAUUAGGGAACACAUUAAUUAGAAGAAUAGGGAUAUUACAAAGUUAAUAGAAACAAUAGGUUUAAAUGAUGGUGAAGAGAUUAAUGAUCUUAAACAUAAAAUUCAUAUUUUGACAGAAGAAAAUAAUAUUCUCAUUAAGCAUUUAGAUGAAAUGAAGAGAUUUAGAGAAGAAUAUGAUAACUUUGUUUAUGAAAAUGACUAAGAAAUCAACAGAGCUAGAGAAGUUAUUGAAAAAACUAAAGACGAUCUCGAAGAGGCUUUGAAAAGAGAAGAAUCUCUUACUAAGUAGCUAGCUUAAAUUGAACCUAAAUUUACCAAGUACUCUUAGAAGGUUGCAGAAUUGGAAGAGCAAGUUGAAGAACUCCAAAAUAAAUUGAAUCAUGCCAAAAACGAUAAUUAGACCUUAAAGAGUGAAUAUUUGCAUUACAAAAGUCACUAUGAAGACUUAAGCAGAAAGAGAGGAGAUGAAAACGAUCAACUCCUUUAAGAAAACAACAUGCUUAUGAACGAAAAGAAGGAGUUUAAAUAAUAAUUGCUUUUCAAAGAUAGAUAAAUUGAAGAACUUAAACAAUAAGUCCUAAGCUUUAGAAAGGAUGUUGAAACUAAAGGAUAUGAUUUGGAUGAGUUAAGCCAAGCUGUAAAUGAGUUCAAGAACUAAAUUCAAGUAGAAAAGUAGAGAGCUGAAAGUGCUUUGCAAAGAGAAAGAUAAAUGAGAGAGCAAUUUGAAAUUAUUCAAAGUGAAUCUUAAAAGAACCAGAUAAAAUGCGAAUAGUUAGAAAGAUAAUACAAUUCUUUACUAGAAUCUUCUCGUUAGGAGUUAUAAGACAAGCAUAUUAAAUACGAAGGCCUUAUUGAAAAAUAAAAGAUUAAAAACAGAGAAGAAAUGGAUAGCAAAGAUGAGGAAAUUACUGAUUUAAAAACAAAAAUAGUCGAAAAGGACAGAAUUAUUUAGCAAUUAAACAACGAACUUGAAAGAAGAAACUCAGAUGUUAAUGAUUUCAAGAAAAAAUUAUAAGACUUAAAAGAAUCCAGAAACUUACUCGACAGGCAAGCUUAAGAGUUGAUUUAACUUAAAAAUGAAAACAGAGAUCUUCAUAAUAAUUUACUAGAAUUAAAGAAUUCGAAGGCAAGUUUCUCAGGAGGAGAAAAAGAAUACAAGCAGAUGUUAAAUCAAAUCAGAGAAUUUGAAAUCAGUAUUUCAUAAUUAGAAAAGAAUAAUACUUUACUUAAAGAAGAAAAUGACCACUUGAAAAUGUAAGUCUAAGACUAAAAGCAAGAAGUCAGAGAAUUCUAAGAAAAAUUAGCUCUUUCUAAAAAGGAAAUCUAACAAUUAAAGGACGAAAGAGAUGAGAUGAUGCAAAAAUAAAUGGAAGAAAGAAUCAAUAAAAUGGGUGGGUAUGAUCAAGGCUUUAAAUCAAGAUAGGAUAAAUUUGAUUUUGACCGCAGUAAAGGUGGAAAUGCAAGUACAUUGGAUAAUCAACCUUAUUUGCAAUACAAAUGA